UCCCACCCCCUCUCAUCACCUUUACCGUCAGGAAGUGGACGUGGUUUGGGGCUUUUUAUUCUCGGCCUCGCUAGCCAUUUCGGGACUCCGGAGCUUAGUCUCGCUUUGACGGGGCAAGCUAGAUGCAGCUUCCUGUGCUCAAGGUGAAGAAACGACAGAUAGCUAGCAAGCCCUUUGUGCUUGCAGAACUGCCCGGCUCCGGCCCCUGUCCAUUCCCACUAGCAGUGCCAUGUGCUGAACUGGAAGCCACUCUUGCCCCACCCCACCUCUUGCCAUUUGAAGGCUGGCACCUGAGCUCCACUGGACGGACUGGUCCAGUCCCCGAGGGCCAUCUCUGGCACGACUGCACAGCUAAGGAGGCCAUCGCAUAGGAAGUGCGAGCCCUUCCUGUGUACGGCAGAGAUGAAGCCUUCUCCUCCCCUUCUGCUUUGCCUCUGGCUGUCCAUCCUUCUAGAUGUUUCACUGGCAUCAAAAAUCACUCAGGCACCCUCAAAUCUAACUUGUUUUUAUGACUCGCGGGCGACUCUCUUUUGCACCUGGGCUCCAGACAGGAAUGACACAGAAGCACUGUGCCAACUUGACGCUUUGUUUCACACUGAUAAGAGGGAUCUAAAGAGUUGUGAAUUUCCUAGCAUGGCACCCAGGAGAUGUGAACUAGCCUUCAGUGAAGACAUUGUUGAGUGGCAGGUCUUCACCAUUGCAGACUCACUUAACCUGACUGUGUCCUGCCAAGUUGGGGAAAACUGGACAACUGUGAUGCAACAGCAGGAAUUCAAACCAUGGGACAACAUACAGCUGAGGCCACCUGACAACCUCCAAGUGGUAAACACCAGUGACUCCAGCUACAAUUUAACUUGGAGAAUUCCUAUUUCGUCUCACUACUUAAAAAAGAAACGGGAAUUUGAAGUGUUGUGCAGAGAUCGCACAAAGCCCUGGGAGCCUGCCAUGCUCCUCUCUAUCAAGCAGGACCAGGAAUGGGUGAGGCUUGAGAACCUUUCGCCAGACUCAGAGUAUGAGGCUUCAGUUCGCGUGAAGCCAAACACAUAUGGCGUGUGGAGCAACUGGAGCAAGAUGCUUGCAUGGAGGACUAAUCGUAGCGGAUAUUCAGAACUAGCCCCGGGGGACUUUCAGCUUACGAUGCCAGCCCUUGUGGGGACCAUCUGCACCAUCUUCGUUGUUGUCAUCAUUGUCUUGAUCAUCACCUCACAGCCAUUGAAAAGGCUUAAGAAGGUGCUGAAGAUUUACAUUCCAGACCCAGACAAGUUCUUUCCCCCGCUGAGCACUGUGCACAGAGGCGACGUUCAGAAAUGGCUCUCCUCUCCAUUUUCCACGUCUCUCUUCAGCAUGAGCAGUAUCUCCCCAGAGAUCUCAGAGCUAGAGAUAAUUCAGAAGGAGAAACAGGAGUCCCAGCUUCUCCUUCCCAAAGCUUUUCUCACCUCUGGUGCCCCCCCAGAAACCAGCGGGCACUCACUGACUAGCUGCUUCACCAACCAAGGCUACUUCUUUUUCCAUCUCCCUGACUCCUAUGAGAUUGAGCCCUGCCAGGUGUAUUUCACCUACGAGCCUUUCGCCCGGAAGAGCAGUGGCAGUGAAGAUGGUGAUUCCUACGGAGCACUCCCUUCCCCAGAUCUCUGCAUGCUGGAGAAUGACCUGCCACUGUUCUCUUCCGGAUUUCUUCAUUGCAUCGAAGCAAACCAAGGUUUCCAGAACAGUUCCUUUGUGGGAGAGAUACAGAACACAACCAAUGGGCUUGGGGCACUUCCUGAGGCUCUUCUGUCACCCGAGAGCUCAUCCCCAGCAUCGGUAUUUGAGCAGGAUGAGAAGGUGAAUGGAAACGUCACAGUUUUACAGCUCUCUGAAUCCCAACAGAAGCCUGGCAUGGUCUUCUCAGAUAUCCCAGGGUUGCAUGACAACGAUGCCAUUCAAACCACAGAAGAGGCUGGGGACGCAGGCCCUGAAAUCAGUUCCACUACUACUAUGGCAGAUGCUAGCUCUUUGUUUUCCCAGCCCAUGCCUCUGAGGCAAAGUCAAACUGAUGAUCUCCACAGGACAGCUUUCUCCAGCCAGAUCCCAAACACUGAGGCCUACCUAUCUUUGAGUGAGCUCCAAAGCCAAUACAACCAUCAUUCGGUCUAAGAUCUGCCUCAAGAACCUUCUGAGCUUGAGGCCUUCUCUGGAGGGAGGGAUGGACAAACAGACAAACUGUCUGAGAGAACAAGAAGUUGGACAUUAGUUUUAACAAACCCAGUGGGACCUAUCUUUUUACUAGCGUGGAGAGAGACCCUUGUACU